GCCAACCAAUAAUAUCCUUUCUCUUCUGUGUAAACAAAAGUGAACAGUGACUUAGAACAAUUUCCACAUUAGCGUUUUUAUUGUUGUUAUUUAGACGUUUAUUAACACCCUGUAACUUAAAAUAUGACUAAUUUAACUGCACAACUUCACAUACUUACCCCCAGGUAGUGUUUAAUUCACGUUGGAGACAGGACUUGGUUGAUAGAUGUUAUCUAGGUAACGCUAGCUAGCGAACAAUGGCUAACGUUAAAUUUAUGUUUUUUCACACUCAAAUAGCCUCUAUCAUGGAGGUGCUAGCGAAUGCAGCCGUGGAAGAUAUCUGCAAACUCGUAGACGACGAUUAUGCAGUGUUUCGUUUGGAAAUAACCCAAAGCCAGAAAGAAAACCGGGUAUUGCGGAGGAAACUACAGCUUCAGGAACAGAAGGUAUCACGGGAGCGCUUCCUCUCCAGUCGUCCCAGAAAUGUCAAGAUCCUUGACAGAUACAGAGAAAUGGCUAGAGGUGAAGGACAUCUCACUGGAGGCCACAGGAGCUUUGUGAAGCCAGCGGGACACAAUACAUGGAGAGAUGACCAACCGAUCACUGUUGAUGAGGGGAGUGGAACCUCAACCCAGCACGUUAUCAUGAUAGAGGAGGAGGAGGGUCCAGAGGGGGUGCUGGUGAAGGAGGAGGGGUGUGAGGAGGGUCUGGGGAACCCUAAGGGGACCAUGGUCAUGGAGGACAACCAGACUACACCUCCUCCUGAACUCACAGAAGAACCAGCUGAGCAGCACAGGACGACACACAGUCUCACUGAGUCAAUAGACAUGGAGGAUGGGAAGCCUGAUCUGCUGUUAGUCAAAGAGGAGACAAUAGAAGAUGGACCAGAGGACAUUGAUCUUCUGAGUGGACUAAAUAUGGGGGAGCAAGGUGAUUGGAGGGAGGCUAAAAGAGGAGACUGUGCGGCCAUCUUCGAUUCCCAGAACCAGACUGGUGCAGGCAAGGGCCGAGGGGAUGACAUCACUGAGCAGGCCAGGACCAGAGGCGAGUCUGCGGUCCAUGAGGACCUGCUGAUGCCCAGUGUUGCUGACGGGAGAGACUGGACCUCUGAAGCACCUGGUCACAAACCCUGGCCCCGGAUCAGAACCCUGGAUCAGGAGCCGUUGCUCUUCCUUCCCAAGUCAGGACCAGGACCGAACCACGAAGGACCGAGACUCCACCACCACCACACCGAACACAACCAGUGGACAGGUGGACUGAACAACCUCAGUCCUGGUGGUCAUCAGAGAGACAGAGGCUCCAGUCAGGAAUCCAGUCUGCAGCCCAGACCCUUCUCUUCACAGUCUCAGUGCAGGGAUGGAGCAGGACCUGGGGCUGAUAGACCCUCCUGUUCCUACGAUACAAACACCACAGUAUCCAUGAUGAACAGAGCAGGUCACCCUGGGCUUCAGCCUUCACAGAGAGUGGUGGGAGACCCCCCUGGUGGUAGUCUAUCAGCAAGUCUGUCUUCUCCUUCAGGAUCUUGUCUAAUGCCUGUUGAAUGGGUUCAUAGGAAGCCUGGGUCCAGCCUUCCUCAGCUACCUCAUGGUUACCCCAUGAAUACAGACAGGGUCAGGAUGGGACGGAUUAGGACGGACGCCGACAAGCCGUAUGCCUGCCCCACGUGUGGGAAGCGCUUCGCUGAGGCGAGCUAUGUGAAGAAGCACCAGACCGUUCACACCAAGGAGAGGCCCUUCAAGUGCAAACUAUGUUACAAGAGCUUCUCCUUCCUGAGUAACCUUAUCAGACAUAGGAGUGUCCACAAUGGGGAGAAAUUGUAGCAGUGUGGCUUGAGAUGUACACAGGGAAUAUGAGAACCAUUCUUUAUCUGACAUAUUAUAGUUAUCAUGUGAAGUGUCUUUGGGUAAGAGGGUAAUUAACCACAUACCCCUCAUUAACCCUUUGUUAACUUGUCAUUUGAAAUAGGCUUGAGUAAAUCUGUUUUUAGAGAGACAGUAAACCUUAGCUAUAAUAAGGAUAGUUGAAUAUUAACCUUACUGAGGUGAUGUAGAUGGAAUAAAGUAAUUAUUUUCUCUUCUAUUCAUGCUAACUCACUGUUCUUUCUAAAAGAGUCUGCACUCAGCUCGAAAGAUAGCAAUAAUAGGAGAUUUUGUGUAAUGUACACUGAACAAAAAUAUGAAUGCAACAUGUUAAGUGUUGAUCCCAUUUUUCAUGAGCUAAAAAACAUGUUCCAUAUGCACAAAAAGCUUAUUUCUCUAACAUGUUGUCCACACAUUUGUUUACAUCCCUGUAAGUGAGCAUUUCUACUUUGCCAAGAACAUCCAAUCCACCUGUCCAGUGGGGCAUAUCAAGAAGCUGAUUAUCAUUAUUUUCUAUUCUGCUCUAUUCUUGCAAACACACUGUUCUUUAGAGCUUGGGCCAGUAACCGAAAGUUUGUUGGAUCGAAUCCCCGAACUGACAAGGUAAAAAAAAAUCUGUCCUUCUGCCCCUGAGCAAGGUAGUUAACCCACUGUUCCCUGAGCACGAAAGACGUGGAUUUCGAUUAAGACAGCCCCCAGCACCUUUCGGAUUCAGACACAUUUCAGUUAAAGGCAUUAAGUUGUACAACUGAGUCGGUAUCCCCCUUUCCCUUUGUAAAAAAAGUUUGUCACAAAACUUGGCGAGGCUUUCAAAUUAUGUAAACGCCGCGCACAUAUACAUUCAAUAAUGACAAACCGUCCCUUUGCAAGUCAGACUGUUUAAUAAACUUAAUUUGAAUUUA